AAAUCCUGAAAAUGAUAAUGAUAAGACAUUUGGUGAAAAGUAUGCCGCGUAUCAAAUGUUUCAGAAUCGCACCGAGUCAGCUUUCUUUAAACACAUUGAGUUAACUGGUAGUUUUCAUGAAGAUUAUGAAAGAAUAUUAGUUUUUGCAUCAAAAAUGGUCAAUGCUACAAUGCAUGAUGUGCAAAAAGCAGUGAUGAAAGUUGAA